UGAAAUGGAGUCCUGCAAGUCACCUUCGGAACAAUAUGAGAGAACAGAUUCAGGAAUUGACUUGAUCGAGUCACAUUUAAAAGGAAAAAUUCACAGAAUAAUCCAGGUUAUUGCGACUUCCACCAACAAUUGAAUCAGUUCCGUUCCAGAAAUCCUUACCUAAUUUCCUGUAAUCAUCCUCCUCCUCCACCUAUAAAUUCAACUCCUAAUCCGAAUUUCACCUGGAAGCAAAUCAGUAAGUGUUUCCACUACAAAUUUCCUCCUAUACUCAAGAUUUGAUCAGAAAAUGUCGAUUCGUUUCAACAACUUCUUCCCUACUGAUCGCAAGGAACGCUACUACGUUGAGGAUCGCCCCUCAGGCGGCAAGUCCCCUGAGGAUUGGAAAGGGCGCUACUACGUCGAGGAUCGACGCUCGUUCGACAAAUUCCCCGAGGAACAGAAAGAACGCUACUACAUCAAGGAUCGCAAUUCUUACGAUCAAUUCCACGAGAAAGACGCCCUCGCUGGUCCCUUCCGUACUUCCAUGGCUUCUAAUUCCUCCGCCAUGAACGCUCAGAUUGAUUUCAAGGAGACUGCCGAUGCGCACGUGUUGAGGCUAGAGCUUCCCGGAGUGAAAAAGCACGAAGUCAAACUGGAGAUUGAAGACAAUGGAGGCCUCUGUAUCAGCACUGAAAUUAGGGCUGAGAAAGAAGAGAUAAGCGACAUUUGGCGCCGUGUGGAACGAAGCAGCGGAAGAUUCUACCGGCGUGUUGUUCUACCGGAGAGCGCCGACGUGGAUAAGGUGAAAGCGGAAAUGAAUAACGGAAUACUAAUAGUUACAGUGCCCAAACACCAUUUCAAGAAGCCGAUCGCCCGAAUCGUCCAAAUCUCUGGCCAUUAAAACCAACAAAAGUUUCAGUCCUACACUGCAACUGAUAGAGAUGAACCCCUACUAAAAUUUUAAAUAAUUUAAAAGAAAUAAUGUUAUUACUACUUUGUCCUCCUUUGUUUUACAAAUAAAGAAAAUGAAAGAAAAUCAAUGUCUACUUAAGUUUAAAGCA